AUACGAAAAAUAACUCGAAUGUGUGUCUCCUGUAGCUGUUGUUGAUAAAGACGCAGUAUGGGCAGUUAAAUAGUUUGUUAUUUAUCUUCGCUGGACGAGUGAAAAUACAUAACGCAGGAUGGAGCUGCGACCACUUGUCAUGUGUUUUGCACUCUGUGUGGUUUACGCCACCAGCAAACCCACUGAGAAGAAGGACCGUGUUCACCAUGACGAUCCCCUCAGCAACCGAGAGCACGAUGACACAGACAACUUCGACUACGACCAUGAAGCCUUUCUGGGACAAGACGAGGCCAAGACAUUCGACCAGCUCACACCAGAAGAGAGCAAGGAGCGGCUCGGCAUGUUGGUUGAACGUAUUGACGAGGAUAAGGAUGGCUACGUGACAGUUGAGGAGAUGAAGCGGUGGAUCAAGCAUGCACAGAAGAGGUGGAUCUACGAUGAUGUGGACAGACAGUGGAAGAGUCAUGACCUCAAUGGGGACGAAGUGGUGUCCUGGGAGGAGUACAAAAACGCCACAUACGGAUACAUUCUUGAUGACCCCGACCCCGAUGAUGGAUUCAGCUACAGGCAGAUGAUGGCUCGUGAUGAGAGGAGAUUUAAAAUGGCCGACCAAGACAAUGACUUGAGAGCAAACAAGGAGGAGUUCACAGCCUUCCUUCACCCCGAGGAGUACGACCACAUGAAAGACAUUGUAGUGCUGGAAACUAUGGAAGACAUAGACAAGAAUGGAGAUGGAUUAAUUGAUUUAGACGAGUACAUAGGUGACAUGUACAACCAGGAGGGAGAUGCCUCAGAACCCGAGUGGGUGAAGACUGAGAGGGAACAGUUUACUGAAUUUAGAGACAAAAACAAAGAUGGGAAGAUGGACAAGGACGAGACCAGGGACUGGAUUCUGCCCAGUGACUACGACCAUGCUGACGCUGAGGCCAAACAUCUGGUCUAUGAGUCAGACUCAGACAAAGAUGGCCGCCUGACCAAGUCAGAAAUCGUGGAUAAGUACGACUUGUUCGUGGGCAGCCAGGCGACCGACUUCGGAGAGGCUCUGACUCGACACGACGAGUUCUAAACAUCCUCCUGCCGACAAAGACUCUGUGUUCAUCUUUUGUACCACCUUACUCCCCUGACAGUGGAUGGAGUGUUUCAAACGAGAUUAGCUUGCCUGAUCCAACGCCAAGGACAAUAAUUUAUUUAAUUUCUUGAAUGUGCCCCGUUGUACACACGCUAACGUAAAGUAAAGUGUACAUGCUCGGCCAGUGUGUUCUCAUGCUCAGCUGUCCAUAAGAUUGGGAUGUAUUGCCAGCCUUUCCUUUGCUUCCUCACACUACACUUGCCUUUUCCAGGUCAGGCGAGGGACAAACAGUGUUAGAUCACAAUGUUUUUGUUUUUUUUUUAUUAUUUGACAGGAUGAUUUUAUUAAAUAGCCAUGUUUUGUUACAAAACCCUAAUAGGACAAGUUAAGGCUUGCAGUAUACAGAAUAGUUUGACAUCUUUUUUUUUUUUUUUUGCAAUGCACUGGACUUUGAAGAGUAGAACUGAUUUCUAGUCAGUAGAAUUUGUUCUACUCUUCUGUCUAAUCAUGUAGUCAGGCCCAUUUGUACUUUGUUUUCUUGUCUUUAUUGGCCAUAAUUUGAUAUUGCUGGUGAUGUCUGGAAUGGGGAGUAAAUAUUAAAUUCCAGUGACAAUGAAGACUAUUUGGACUUGUGCAAUACAGUUUCAUCAGUGGGACCUCGCUGUUUGCUAUACAGGUCCUCAAAGCAUCCAUAGAAGCUAUGCGAAGACAGGCUGUGUAUGGAUUUAGAGACUGACGGAUGCUUUGUCUUCGAAGCUGCCUCCUUUCUUCUCUCAUCACCUCAAUAGUGUGUGUGUGCGUGUGAAUCUGCGUGUGUACAUAUAUUACUUGUAUUCUUAAUGACUGACUCCCUUUUUUUGAUGUUAUGUUUUGUUUGACUCAGCUGAACUAACUCAUUUAUGUGCCAAGCAAGAAUAUUUGUCCUGUUUUGUAAGCGGUUUUGAAAGAAAAAAAAAGAAGAAGAAGAAGCAUUUUCCCUACAAACACUUUGCCCUCCUAAAUUUGUUAUGCUUGUAUUCUCACUACCACCAU